GUCGUGAUUGACAGUCUACUGUGGCGCUUUGUACCAACAUACCGACUUACACACGGCUCCUUAAAUACCCUUAAACGAUGACAAACCACGUAGCGACAUAGCUCAUGGUUUUGCUUUGAGCUAGCCAGUGCUAGCUAGCUUCAGCAGUGGUCAGUGCAUGGCCACGAAGGAACCAGUAUUGACUUUUUCUCCCACUCAGAUUCAUGACAUGGGGAGUAAAAUUUCCUUCAGCAGAAGAAGCAGUGACCAAUACACAGUCUCGGAAAUAACACCUGUGACAUCACGUCCUCGUAGUUCCUUUCACGUACCCACUGACUGCAAACAGGCAUCAGGAUGUACGGUCUGCAGUGAGGAAAACCAGAAUUCCAAAUGGGACGAGGAAUCAAAAGCGACAAAUCUGAGUGAACCUUCAACUGACUCCCGCUCAUCAGAAGGACCCGUUGAUACCAAGCGCCAACCAAAUGAACCUGUGGUCUCACAGGUAGGGAUGGAAGGACGCUCAACAUAUGAACGAUAUGUGGCGAUUCCAAGUGAAUCGGGAUGUCCGAAAGAGAUCAAACCCUUGCUGAAUGACGACAAUGUCAGAGCAGAUUUUGUUGGACCUUUGGCAGCUCAACACGAAGACAUCACCCAGGCAGUGUUAGUGCCAACUUGCAACGGGGACAUUGUGUCCGACAAUUCUGGAACCUUUACCGUCUCUGAUGGACAAUCCAGAGAUAAAGUUCCAUUGCAGCCAAAAAGAAAAAGAGGAAGACCAAGGAAAGACCAACUUUCACUCCUUCAAAGUAGAGUUUCAAAGGUUCCUGUUGAUGAUACUUCAAGUCCUACACGGAAAUGUAGUAGAAGGGAACAAGCAAUGAUCUCGUCAAAGUUGCGAAGAUCAAAGUUGCGAAUCGAUCCGAAAGUCCUGGCUAAAAUGUCCAAAUCGGAUCUCUCACAGGAAGCUGAAGUUGAAGGAACAGUCAAACAGGGAAUGGAGGAUACUGAGGAAGUUAAUCCGCAUGGAAACCCAAGCCACUUGUCUCUGUGUCCUGUAGUGCAAGACAAUGGAGAAGACUUGUCCCUGGAGUCUGGAAUACGAGGGACCGUUGGACACACGGAUAGCAACAAGGAUGGCAACAACCGUCGCCAGUCGGAACUGCUCGACAGAAAUGAAGACGCCAUUCCACAGAUCUCCAUUCCCGCAGCUCAUAUGUUGGAAAAUCCCAAAACACAACCAGUGAAUGAAAAUGGCCUUAGUGAGUCCGAGUCUCCGAGUAGUUCCGAGACCGCUAACCUUCCACAAACAUCAGAAACGUGUCUCAAUGACAUUGUCGCGUCUUCCGCGGAGCUCCCAGAAACUGAAAUCAAACUCGAGAGCACGGAAGUGUCGAUCGACGACAAAAUGAUGAUCGCUUCCGCAAAGCUAAUCCAUCAACAAAGCAUUUUCAGGCGCAAAAGAGGCCACAAGAGAAGACGUAGAUUACCUAACGUUUUAAUGCAGGGAUCUGACCCUAAACUAGAAACUGACCCAAACACGGAAUCCAACAUAAAAAUCAUCUACAUCCGUAAAGGCUCCAAAACGCUACUGCGAUGUGGCUUCUGCGGUCGCACGUAUAAUUACAUGUCUCAGUUUGUCAUACAUCAACGCGUUCAUACCGGCGAGAGACCCUUUGAAUGCCCCGAAUGCGGUAAAGGUUUCAGCAAGAACUCCAACUUAAAUCUUCAUCUAAAGACUCACGUGAAGAACAUCUCAUUUAAAGAAUGUACAUAUUGCAGAAAGAAGUUCUCAGACGACGAGUAUUCCAUCCACAUGAAGAUACAUUCUGAAGAACAGGAACAAGUUUUAAAAACGGAAAACCUGAGUCGAGGUAUUAAAACACCCGAAAAGGCUUUUCCCUGUGACAAGAACGAAAGCAGAGUCUGUCAAUAUUGCGGGAAGUCCUUUAAAUUUCAGUCUGCGCUUAUUCGACACGAACGCGUCCAUACUGGCGAGAAGCCUUACAAAUGUUAUCUCUGCGGAAAAGCCUUCGCUCAGACUUAUUUCCUCCACGUACACGAGCUAACGCAUUGGUCGGUGAAACGCUACAACUGCACAGGAUGCGGAAAGACCUUCAGUCAUUACAGCAAUGCAAAAAAUCACACAUGUAGACCAAACGGAAACACCCGGAAAACCGUAGCAGGAACGUCUUUGCUAACGUAUACGUGCCCCAUUUGUAAGAGUGUUUCGGAGAGUUUGCCGAAGUUAAAAAAACACAUGCGAGGUCACAUCGGGACGAAACUCUAUCACUGUUUGCAUUGUGAUAAGCUUUUUGGUGAGAUGUGUGAAUUUAAUACUCAUUACGGUCAAUGCCGUAAAGAAAAAAACACAUCUGUUACACAGGAAGCUAGCAUGUCAUUGGUAGAGUACACAGAGUCAAGACAUAAGUUAUUAUCACAGGAAAAAUCGGACGCCCUGCUCACAGGAAGUUGUGAAACCGACAAGCUAGCAUCCUCUCAACGCAACCCCAAGAUAGUUUCCUCCGACGCAACAAAACCGUUCCAAUCGACCGUACCGACUCACCGGUUGUCAUACCUCGCGUCCAAGUUGAACCAACUCGACAACCGAUCAGACCCCAGGAAGUAUUUAUGCCCCGGUUGCGGUCGACUCUUCAGACACAUGGGAAGGCUACGAGCGCACAUGCUCAGUCACGCUCGCCAACAAAGUUACACUUGCUCUUGUUGUGGGAAGACUCUUGAAAACUGGACUAAACUGUGGCGUCAUCAGAGAAUCCACCGACAGCGUCAAGGCCGAUUUAAGUGUCCCUCGUGCUCGAAAGCGUUCCGAUUUGUUCACACGUAUAAACAACACAUGGGCGAGCAUCGGGACUUUCGCUGGAUUCGAUCCAAAACGAAGCGUGUUUUUCUGCCUUAUAAAUGUGAUCAGUGCCUAUGUAGUUAUAAGACCCUUGAUUUGCUCUUCGGUCACCAGCUUUGUCAUUUCCCAGCGGAGUCCAUGCAUAAAGACUCAGAUUUUGACUUUUUUGUUGAUCAGUCGACACAAUCGAAUAACCGUCAUGUGACAACACCGUCUCCCGAACGUGAAACCCUUACAUCAUCACUUCUGCAACCCCAAAACCAAAAAUACUCCACUCUUUUGACUUUAAAUUCAACUGAUCAAAAGCGGGAUAUCAGUUUAGUUAACAUCACCCGUAGUCCCAAAAGUAUACAUGUUAUGCGAGACAAAGCAUCCAGGUGUUACAAAUUUGAAGGACAAGUCACGAAAAAGGGCAAAGCGCCGUUGAGAACCGCGACGAACAAACCUCCAUCUCCCCAAAAAGAGUCUUCAAAAGGCCUCAGUUGUGCUAUGUGCGGUAAUGAAUAUACGGCGGUUUCAGACCUUUAUCAGCAUUAUUUGAAACACGCUAGAGGUCAGGUGUAAUGGCCUAGUAGAUUGUACCAUAUAUAUAUAUACCAUUAUAUUCUUCACAAUGCGUUUGAGAGCACAAUGUAGCUAUACUUAUUCAUUUUUUCAUUUUCUACCGCUUAUCCUCAUUAAGGUGCUGGAGCCUAUCCCAGUGCUGGAGCCUAUCCCCGGUACACCCUGGACUGGUCACCAGCCAAUCACAGGGCACAUAUACACAAGCUAUACUUAUUCAUUCAUUUUCGCGGGGGUGCUGGAGCCUAUCCCAGCUGUCUUCGGGCGAGAGGCGGGGUACACCCUGGACUGGUCGCCAGCCAAUCACAGGGCACAUAUAGACAAACAACCAUUCACACUCACAUUCAUACCUAUGGACAAUUUGGAGUCGCUAAUUAACCUAGCAUGUUUUUGGAAUGUGGGAGGAAACCGGAGUACCCGGAGAAAACCCACGCAUGCACGGGGAGAACAUGCAAACUCCACACAGAGAUGGUUGAGGGUGGAAUUGAACCCUGGUUUCCUAGCUGUGAGGUCUGCGCGCUAACCACUCGACCAGCUAUACUUAUAUUGUAGAAAAUAUAAUGUAUACCUUUUUGUUUUCACAAUAUUUUUGACCAUUUUUUAAAGGUAAUAAUAAUAAUAACAUAAUGUGGAAACUGUCCAUAAGUACACAGACAUUUAUACAUUAUAAAACCUCAACCUUUGCACUCUCAAUUAUUACUUUUCAGUGUGUAAUGUAAGUCAAACACACUUAAAAAUAUCUACAGGUUCACAAUACCUUACAAAAAUCUCACACAGAAGUGUGACUGAAUUUUUUUUUUUUAAUUAUUAUUAAUGCUAUACUUUCCGGAAAAAGACAUCUUAACAAAUGGGUUUAUAUGCUCACUUGUUUAUAUGUUCACUUCUUGUGUGUUUUGUUAUCACCAAUAAAGGUCUGUUUUGUUUUUA